UUAGUCAAACGUUACAAAUACUUGAAAAAAUAAUUACGAUCCUAAAGUAAGAGGAAUCCUUGAAAAUGUACUUUGUUAUAACCUGCCAACACUUUCAAUUGCAGAGAAGAAGAUAAGUAGUUCUUCAGCCUAUUUCGGGGGUUUCUGUAUGCUGUAAAUCCUGGAUAUCAUAAAGUACUUUAAUUUUCAUAAAAAUGCCUGAUAUACCCGAAUGUUUGGAAAGGCGUUACCAAGCGCUGGACAGUCUAAUUGAAGAGUUGUCUGCCAGAAGAUUGGCUCGGGAGUCUGAUGCCAGCUGCUCGAAGCAAAACGAGAAUGCAGCUAUCAAACUUAUGUGUGAAUUCUGGGAUAUUCUCAAGGAUGAUCCAGAUUGUAAUUUGAAGAAAGAAGUAGAAGAACGGAUGGGUCUGCAGGGACCGUCUCCUAAACAUAGUUCGUUUGGACCCCACAGAGUAACCUGCUACAUGUCGGAUAGAAUGGACAAGAACGAAAAUGAUAGGAAAAAGGAAGCGUUGGAGAAUGUGAGGGAUGGAUGCUGUAAGCAGUCACAGGAGUCAAAGCCACGGCAAAAGGAGGGAUGCUGUUCAUCCAGGUCAUUGUCGAAGAAUAACAGUGACGUGUUGCCACUCAGCAAAGUACUGUGCAGUUUGAAGGAUGCUGCAUCGUUUGAUAAAAAAUGCAAUGAAAGGGUAAGCGAUUUGAUGGCAGCUCAGAAGCGAUUGCAAGAGCAAAUCCAGCAUUUGGAGCAUAGAGAGAAGGAAGGCACCAAGCUGCUAAAGCAGGCUGAUUGUAUGUGGGCUUGUAUGGAGGAGUCUUAUAAAAAGAAAGUGGCGGAAUCUCUAGACCGCCAGAAGAAACUCAUGAAAGACCUGAAAUUAGCAGAAGCUGAAGUAGCUAAAUGGCGUAAAAGUAAAAAAGAGUUGGAAUUCCAAUUGAAUAAUGUUAAUAAAUGUAAACAAGAAAUUACGGAAAAUACUCAUCAGAAGAAAAACGAUAUCAAAAACAUGAAGACAGAAAUAGCAGAUUUUAAGAAACGUAUUGAAAAUGGCGCUAAAGACAAAGAUGCGGCACAUAAAUCGUUAAGUACCAAGAAACAAGCUUCAGAUAAAAUUGUAGCUGGUAUAAAUAAUGAAAUAAUGAAUGCACAAAAGACAUUAUCUGAAGAAAAGAAUCACAAAUAUCAAAAAGAAUUAGAAGGAAAUAAUUACAUAAAAGAAGCCAGAGAAGACUUGCAGAAAAUAUGCCGAGUGUUGCUACAAAAGAAAUUAGAGAAUGAAGAUUUAAAAGCAGAGAAAGAAGCUUUACUUCUUGAAAUUGAAAUGUUACGCCAAACUUGUGACCAGUGUCAAGAUAAAUGUAAAAAGAAACAAGUCAAUAUCAACGAUGAAAUACUAAAAGUGGAGAAAGAGAUUGCAAAUUUCAAAGUGAGGUGUAUAAGAUGCCAUGAAUGUGUUGACACAUCGGAUGUCAGAAAAUUCUGUACUGAUUGUCCUCGUUGUCUUGAAGAAAGGGAUUGCAUCAUAGAAGGCGAACAGUGCAGUGCAGAUCCUACGAAUGUAUGCGUCUGUAUGUCUGUAAAACAGAAAUUUAUGGACAAUGUUUUUGAAAACAUGUAUACGGUAUUGGAAAGACAAGUUAAGACAUGUCAGGGUAAGAGUUUGGCAGAAACAGUAAUGCAGUGUCUGAGAAAGAGUAGAAAUGGUAAGAUAGAUGACGAAACUAGGAAAAUUCUCCAAGAAUUUAUUUUAACUGUGGUCAAGAAGAAUUUGAAUUUAACAAUUAUUGGUGGCGCUGUGAAAACGAGAUGUGAGAUGGAACCGGAAACCUACAAACAAUUAUUGCUUUGUUUGAAACAAGUUAAAGUGUCACGCCCGCCGAAAGUCGAUAAAGGAACCAUUGCCAAAAAGGAUCCUUGCACUCGAUGGGGUGGUGCAAGUGAAUGUAACUGUCCAGGAGGUCCCAAGGUAUGUGUGUGUACUAAGAAAGCACCACCACCUCCUAAAGACCCUACACCUUGUCCAGAAGAUCCUGAAGAUAAAGAAGAUAAUGCAAAAAGAGAAAAAAUAAUAUGCCCACACAAACAGAAUGUAACAUGUGGUACUGAUUGUGCAAUGCGUGGUGUGGAUAGCUUAGUUGGAACAGAAGUAGCACCAUGGACACCAGAACCCUGUCGGGAAAAAUCAUGCCCCUUCUCGAAGAACAUGAGAGCUGCGCAAUGUGUUCUUGGUCCUGAAAGACUCUCAGAUCUGGGAAAAGUUAGACCAUUUCUUUCAAAAUCAGAUUUCCAGGAAAAUGCUUUAGGAAUAGAAAUUACACAAACUGAAGCAGUUAGAAUCAAAAAUAAAUCAGAAGCAUCUACUAUAACUUGUAAAAAUGUUUGCCAAGGAAUUGGAACCAAACGAGAUUUAAUUAAAAAGGAAGGUUUAAAAUUAAUCUCCGUUAGAUCCGAAAAAACGACAAAAGAAAAGGAUGUUUUACUGAAAAAGAUAUAUGAAACAGAUGAUAGUAAAACUAACAGUUGUUCUUGUGAAACAACAAGUCCGUUAGCGACAUGGAAAAUUUCAAUCGUAAACGAGAACGGGGAUAUUGUGGAUUACUGUACUGAAUUAGUAUCGACAUCGACUGGGGAGCUAGGGAUAGAACUGGAUGAUAACUUUUUUCAUUUAAUAGAAAGAAAAAUUAGUAAAAACCCAAAAAGUUCUGAAGGAGUUUUAGUAAAAGAUAAAGCAGGAUAUUAUACGUUAGACUUUAAUCCUAAAAACAUAUCAGAUAAUGACUUAAAAAUAAAAAUCAAAAGGACUCCUAUGGGUUCAAUGUCACUAGUUGUAAAUAAAAACUUUAUUGAACAUAUCAAAUCACAUGGAUUUAAACCGGAUGGAAAUAGGUCUAUUGAGGUACUAAAUAAAAAAAAUAUAAUUUUAAAUAAAAACGAAACCCCAGCCGAAUUGCAAAGCAAAGAGAAAAGUAAAUCAGAAAACGACAUUAUGAAACGUCUAGAACAUAUUUGUGCAGAAAGAAUAAAUGGUAUAACUUUAAAAAUUGUUGGGAAUAAUGGAAAUUUUGAAUACGUAAAUGCAAAGAUUUUAAGAACUCCUUCUAACAGAAUCGCUAUAGAGGUGGAUAAAAUAAAAAUAAUAGAGGAAAAUCUUAAUGAAGAAAAUAUUGGCUCACUUCAUUUAUCUCAUUCGGAGACAUUUUUACUCGACUUUACUAAAGCUAAUGCUGAUAAGCCUCAAAAUAUUCUAAUAAAAGAAAGUUCUAAUAAUAUUCAGUUGAUAAUUAAAGAUAAAUUAAUGGCAAAUAAACCCCACGUAAAUGGUUUAAACGAUUACUUUAAGAUUAAGGUAAAAGGAGCAAAUAAUGAUAUAAUUAGUCCUCCGGCAGUCUUGAGUUUGACAAAAUCUGAAAAUUAUUUAGUUAUUGUUGAUAAAGAAUUUGAGCGAAAGUACAAAGAAACACUUAAAGAUAUCACUCAAGAUAAUAUUUUAGGAUCAGGGAAAUUGUCGAAAACACCAUCCGGUCACUACAUUAUAAACCUUAAUGAUGAAGAUGAAAAAUAUUGUAAUGCAUACUUAGUAAAGUCAUUCUCAGGAAACAUUAAAAUAGUUGUCAGUGGUCCAGCCUUUGACUCAAUAAAACGUUCAUCAUCUAGAAAUGAUUCUAUUUCUUCUGCAAAACUACUAGAGUUGUUAAAAAAACAUCCAAGAAAUCACAAAAAAUUUAAUAAAAAUCAAAAUCAAGGAAAAUUUUCACAAAUUAGAUCAAAUAGUGAAUCUUCUAUAUUUAAUAAAUCUAGAAUAGAAAACCAUGAAAGUUUUGUUAUGGAGUCAGGAUCAUUAAAGAAAACAAGUUCUGGCCGGCUCUCCGUGGUAUUAAGCAAAGAAUCAAAGAAAACAUUUAUAAAUAGCCUAGGGACUUACAUAAAGAGAAACUCAAAUAGUUUGAUACCUAUUAAAAGAACGGAGUCCGGUGGAAUCACUAUAAUAUUAAACGGACAAGAUAAUCACAAAGGUCAAUACGGAUCUCUAAAAAUAAGUCCAUCAGGAAAUAUUUAUGUGGUCAUAGAUGAUAAAAACAAGGUAAAUAAUACGAAAACAAAAUUAGUAGAAACAGUUUCAUCAGGGCCUGUCAUAGAAACCGUUCAAAAUCCUUCUAAUAAAGCAGUGUCGACAACAUGCCAAGCUAAUCCCUUUGAUGACUGUUGUAAUUUUUCCAAAUGUAUUUGUGGGGAACUGCAAAAUAUGAAGAGCGACUGGUAUACCACAGAUGUGGUCACUGAUAAUGUAAGUUGCCUAGUUAAUGUGAACAAACAAGAGGAAGGUACGGUUUGUAAGAUGGAUAACUGUUUAAAUAAAAGAGUGGAUUUUGAUGCGAAUGUAAAAGAAAAUUGUAGUGAUAAAUCAAUGCCUCAUUUAAUUAUUAAACCUUGUGACGAUUGUUAUAAGCGACGCAAGUUUAACAAUAUUGUUAAUAGUAAUCAAAGAAGUAAACAAUGUUUUUAUGUUAUUGAUUAUGAAUGUCCAUUCCAUAAGGAUAGGUAUAAUACAGUAUCUAAUGAGUUGCUUGAAAUAUCAGGAUUGUGCAAUAAGAAUGUGGAUUUAGUUCCAUCACUGGAAACAAUUGAAACUCAAAAGUUGACUGAAAUAGUAUCUUGGGUAGCAGUUGACGACAAUACAACAAAAAAGCCUGAAUUCGAUUAUUUAGAUGCAAUGCCACCACAGUUGCCUUCCUUUUUGAGAGAUUUUUCUAUUUCCUAAAUCUGUUUGUCAUGAUCGCGUGUACCAUAUUUAAAAAAUAUACGUCAAUUGUUUACUAUGA